AUGCACCUCCCAACCGCGCUCCUCCUGGCCCUAGCCGCGGCCCUAACAAGCAGCAGCCCCCUACCCUACCCCUCCCCCCUGCCCCUGCCCUCACCCUCACCCAUCGCACUACCCAAAACGUUCCCCAACUUCCACUACGGCGCAACCUGCGACGCCGGAAAGGGCAGUCCCAAAACCCAGGACGUGACGGGCGCGAUCAACCGCGCACGCGGCCACAGCGGCCAAGCGUGCCGCGUGAACAACAGCAUGGGCAGCGACUGCACGACGUGGGCGCGGGCCGGCAGCGCCACCAUCAGCGUCUGUGGCGAGUUCAAAGAGACGCUCGAUUGCGCCGAUAUGGCGCGCUUUGCGAACGAGAUCCAGCAGCUGUGCGUAUUGCAGGGCACGGAUCUGAUUGGGGGUGUUUUUUACGUUAGUCCGAGGCUGGCUGUGGUUGUUAGUAAUAAGAACCAGUAG